AUGAGCGAAUUGGACUUAAGCGGCCUGGAGGAAGAGAUCGAAGGCAUCGAUGAAGUAGCACACAGGGAUUACUACCAGUACGUGACGCAGUUAUACGUCUACGUGCGCGUGGACGAAAAAUACAGGACGCUCCGGAACCACCUGCAGCUGAUCCGCCUCGGGGAGAAAUACAUGACUCUGUUGCACAACGCAAUGAUUAGUGUCCAAAUGAAGAAAACAGGAGUUGGGAUCUUCACGUGUUUUUAUCAGGACAAAGCCAUCACGGAAAACCUAGUUACUUAUUUCCUAAUGCAGAAGGAGGUGGACUUUUUGGAAGUAGGUUUCGAUAGGCGCUACCCAGGUGAGCACUCGCUCGUCUUCCCUGUCCAAAGGGAAGGUCCGCGCCCAUUGUUGACGUUGACGGGAGGAUCGAGCCGAUGGGGCAACCCGACGAGGAGUUAUAGGGUGCUAAAAGAAGCACUAACGAACCGGUGGUAG